UGCACAAAGCUGCUGGCUGGUCUCAUCAUGAUCACUGAAGAACGUCCAGUGUGGCUUCUCUACAUCAAUUUUCAGUUGACGGAUUCGUCUCUCACCGUCUUCUUGCUUCUCUCCAGAACCUCAGGGUGUCUCCUUUGCACGGAUAAGAGCCGCACUUUUCAUCGAGCUUCAAGCAAGGGCUUCUUCACGUUCCUGAAAGCUGCGCCUUUCACCAGAGCUUUCAAGCAACUUGGGUGUUUUUACUCUCCUGAAGGACAUCAAUCUGUGCAAGUAGAAUAUCUGGCAUAAGCGCAAUUGUAUCUUGAGUUGCUUGGCGGAGAUGGCAUUGUUGAGUCAUGCGAUGCCGCGGUCACUUUCAGCAGGCUUUAUGCAGCAUUCAGGCCGUAGUGGCGGCCAGAUGGAAAGGUCACCGCGUCCGUCUACAGUCAGAGUUUGCAGUCCCCUCCGUCCACCAUGUCGGGCCUGUCUCAAGCGGCUGCACCAAAAGACACAAACAGGCCAAGCGGCUGAAGUCAUGGCUAUCCAUCAGCUGUCAUCAUUUGUGGACAAAGGCAGCCAGAAGAAUAAGCUGUGCAGCCGGAAGAGUGUGCUUAGGAAAGGUGGGGCCGGCCGGGGGCGUGUGACUGCCUCGGCUGCCGGGGGCACGGUGCAAUAUCCGGAAGAUUACGACGAGGUUUUGGAACAGGUUCGGAUAAGUACAGCUGCAGCUUUGAAAGAUGGGAAGCAACUGAUAGAGAUCGAAUUUCCAACUGCGGGUCUAGACAGCACUGCAGGGGAUGCCGAAGGGGGUAUGGAGAUGAGCAUGAGCAUGACCGCGAUUCGGGAGUUUUGCAAGAUGUUUGUCCAAACCGACCAGGCCCCGAAGACCCGGAUAUUCUUUCCUGACAAGAAGGAGUCGGUGCUCGCCAGGGGAGGAACUUUUGAGGGGACACCGUUCAAGAUCGACUUCCUUACGAGCCCCAGUGGUCUUAGCGACAUUGGGUGGGAGAAGAAAGUGAAGAUGACGGACCGUGUGCAGCCGUCCGACGAGAUCUUUGUUGUCGCGUACCCCUACUUCAACGUCAACGAGAUGCUGGCGGUCGAGGAGCUGUGGAAGGACUCGGCGGGGCCUUCCGGGCGGCCGAUCAUCGUUUUCAACGGGGAGAUGGACCGGAUUCGAAGCGGCUACUACCCUCCCUUCUUCUACCCUAAACUGGGACAGCUCGCCAAAACGUUCCUUCCAAAAUUCGAAGCUGCUUACUACAUCCACAACUUCAAGGGGCGGUACGGUGGGAAGUUAUUCAGGGCUUAUCCUGGACCCUGGCAAGUUCUUAGGCAAAAUGCUCAAGGUCAGCUAGAAGUCAUUCAGGAGUCCGAAACGAUGCCAACCUUAAAAGAGGUGGCGCUAAACAUCUUGCCAACAAUAAACAUCGGUAUCUGACACGUUGUAGCAUCUGUUACUUUUGUUGCAGCCCGCUUCCGCAGCCAAGCUCAGAUUCUUUUAACAACAGAUUCACCCAUAGCUUGCAUGUCGAGUACAUCAAAGUGAGAGCCCAGCCGCGGGGAGCCGAUACUAUAGGGUACGCCCUGUCCGUGCACGAUUCGUCAUCUUAUCACACGGCAAUUCUAUUAAGUGCU